AUGUAUGCUGAUCUAAUGAAGGCCGUAGAUUAUGACGAUCAAAAAGCAAAUAAAAUUCAAGUGAUUGGCAUUUUACACCUUGGGUUAUGGAUUCAAUUCGCUAGGUUGUGGCGUGCUGGUGGGUCGAUUUGCAUUUUUCGCAAAGACCCUCUAUCUUAUAAUGUAGAUAGCAAGUUUUCAGAAAUGGGGGUAAUAUCCUUUCUCAAGCUCCUUGUAUCAAUUUAUCAGCAUAAG